UGUAGAAUUUUUUUUCUGAAAAUAUUAUACUACUCUGAAAAUUUUGAAAGGUAGCCUAUGGUCCGGCCAUGAGAGCUUCUAACUUUAGCUAGUAAUUAAAUUUUAAGCUAAAGACAUCGUAUAUCUUAUAUUUAGGAUAAGCACAAGUUACCCCCUUCAGGAAACAGAUUGUUCAUUUGAAUCCCUUAAAACCUGUUAGUCUGUUAAGAUUGCUUUUGUUCCACCAGUUUACCAAUUUUAUCACCAUGAAGAGGAAGGAGAUACAACGAAAGCUUCAUGAUUCCUUGAUUAACAUGCUCUAUACUCCACCUUCACCACCACCUCAUGAGAACAAAUAUGAUCAACAAACCCACGAUUUAGCCCGGGAAAUCGCCAAUUCAGAUCAUCAUCGUAUUAAUACAGAUGAAUUGGAGAGAGAAGCGGAAACGAACUUCUCAGUGUCAAGCGAGGAAGAUGAUGAAUUAGGGUCUGAAAAGCUCACAAGAGCUCAGAGGAAAAGACUUCGAAGAAAGAAACUCAAAGAAGCUGCUUCCCACCGCAGACAGAUUAUCGGACCGGAGUUGCCUCCUACAGGCGAUGAUCAAAUAAAUGAUGAAGUUAGUAACGUUCACCAACAGUCGGAAGGUGUUCGACGAAAUGUCACAGAGCGAUCGGAGAGCGGAAAUAAUCGAGAAGAUGCGGUUUCCUCCAUUAAAGUAAAACACAGAAGGAUGUCUAAGAAAAAGGCAAGAGGACAACCCAAAGACACCUCCAUAGAUCCCUCCCAUGAAACUACAAGUCCUGGUGACUAAGAUUAAGGCUUUACAAAUUGACGAGCUGAAAAGGAAGAAUGAAGAAGAUGAUUAUGUAAGAGAGAGAAAGAGAGAUGUGUAAUCUGAAAAGGGUUUUAACAUAAAAUGACAGAAAUACCCUUGCAAGGCACGUGGGGCACUGGGGCACUUAAACAGUCGUCGAGAACAAACGGCUAACAUCUCCAAAGACAAUUCAUGUUAUUUACUCUACUAAUUAUUUGUAAAAUUACCAAUUUAUCGGUUAGUAAUCAUAUGAAAUUAUUGAUAAAA